GCCUUCACCCCGCGCCGGCACCGCUCCCGGCACCAUGUCGGUGGCGGGGCUGAAGAAGCAGUUCUACAAGGCGAGCCAGCUGGUCAGCGAGAAGGUCGGAGGGGCCGAAGGGACCAAACUCGACGAUGACUUCAAGGAGAUGGAAAAGAAGGUGGACCUGACCAGCAAAGCCGUCACAGAAGUGCUGACCAGAACAAUCGAGUACCUCCAGCCCAACCCAGCUUCCAGAGCCAAGCUAACCAUGCUCAACACGAUGUCCAAGAUCCGUGGGCAGGUGAAGAAUCCGGGAUACCCCCAGUCCGAGGGGCUGCUGGGGGAGAGCAUGAUCCGCUACGGGAAGGAGCUGGGAGAGGAUUCCAACUUCGGUGAUGCUCUGCUGGAUGCCGGUGAGUCCAUGAAGCGCCUGGCUGAGGUGAAGGACUCUCUGGACAUCGAAGUCAAACAGAACUUCAUUGACCCCCUGCAGAACCUGUGUGACAAGGACCUGAAGGAGAUCCAGCACCACCUCAAGAAGCUGGAGGGACGGCGCCUGGACUUCGACUACAAGAAGAAGCGGCAGGGCAAGAUCCCGGACGAGGAGCUCCGGCAGGCCAUGGAAAAGUUCGAGGAGUCCAAGGAGGUGGCAGAGACCAGCAUGCACAACCUGCUGGAGACCGAUAUCGAGCAGGUGAGCCAGCUCUCGGCCCUGGUGGACGCCCAGCUGGACUAUCACAGGCAGGCCGUGCAGAUCCUGGACGAGCUGGCCGAGAAACUCAAGCGCAGAAUGAGGGAGGCCUCCUCCCGCCCCAAGCGGGAAUACAAGCCCAAGCCCAGGGAGAGCUACGACUUCGGGGAGAGCGACCAGUCCAACGGGGGCUUCUCCUGCAACCCCACCCCCAAAGUCUCAGCUUCCUCCUCUUUCCGGUCGGACAAGCCGUCCCGGGCCUCCGUCAGGAGUAUCCCCCCCCUGGACCAGCCCUGCUGCAAAGCCCUCUACGACUUCGAGCCGGAGAACGACGGCGAGCUGGGCUUCAAGGAGGGCGACAUCAUCACCCUGACCAACCAGAUCGACGAGAACUGGUACGAGGGGAUGAUCCACGGCCAGUCCGGCUUCUUCCCCCUCAACUACGUGGAAGUGCUGGUGCCGCUACCUCAGUGAGCCCCGCCCGCCAUUCCAGCCGGCCCUCUCCCCCCGCCACCCCGGUCACCUCGGUGCGACCACCAGGGAACAACCAGAAGGGUCCCGCGGCCCCUUCCCC